GUUCUUCACUGUGCGCCGCAGCUAACGUGGCUGUGUUGUAGAGCACAUUCCGUUGAUGGAAUACAGCACGACUGAAGGCCACUUUGUUAUUUAGCGUUAUAGCGGUAAUAUGGCCCCGCACUCGUGUUUUCAUUGAGCUUCUUGUGAAACUUCAGCCCGGCGUUCACCGGCGUCAUACCGGCGUUGUGACGCCAGUGAAGUUUCACAAGAAGCUCAGUGAAAACACGGGUACAGGUUAUUAGAACUUCAUCAUUCAUUAUUUUUUCUUAUUGGCAUACAGUGUCUACUAUGUACCCAAAUGUUCAAGCAGUGCCUUCUAAAUAGAGUAAUUUUAACUAUUGCAACAUAUUUCCGGUUAAGGACUCUUAUUAUGAAGGACAGAACGGAAGUGUUGGUAAAAAUGUUGCUGACUUGAUGCUAUGUUGGAAAUAAAGUGGAUCGUUCCGUGAAUGGAGUUUCCCGAUUCUUUAUUUCUGUAAUUCUAAAGUAUAGGGGACAGUCAAACGCUCGGUUAUAUAAUAAGAGCCCUUAACCGGAAAUAUGUUACACUAUCUUAAUCAACGCAAAUUAAAAAGAAAUCCAGUCACUGAAAUCAGAGACGAACAAGUUCCACUACUACACUAUUUGCGUGAUUUAAGACUCAAAUAUAAGGUCAAGCAAACGGUUUGGCAUGCAAGAGUGCUGAGAUGAUAAUGAAGUAUGGAGGGCAUCUGCAAACAAAUACCAAAACUUGUCAUGUAUUUCUUAGCCAAUCGCAAUCGUCCUGGGUGGCGCUCAGCACGGCCAGCACAGGAUGCAGCGGUGGUGCACUGGCAAAAUAGUCUCGGGUGGGAAUUAGUUUCGAUGGAACAUUCGCACGUGGACGGGCGACACUGUUAAUAAAAUGGCAAAUGGAAACCCCACAAAAAGCAGUAGAACAUGUGGACUAUAUCAUCUAUGUGAGACGACUUUAUCUGAUAAUCCAUUACUGCGCUCCACCAUACCUCGGAACUCUGAGCUCGGAAGUCGGGCUUCCGAGUUCCGGGGUAUAAUGGAACGCAGCGUGUCGUCGAGGUGAAGCCCGCCCGCGGUCUAUACUUUAAAACGGAGAGACAUGUAAUUCUUUCAGUUUCCCCAUUCCUCUCGUGGGUUGAGUCGCAUUGUUGUGUGUGUAUGUAAAAGGUAAAAAGCCGAAAGUCCGCAGUAAAGGGAACUCCUCUCCCCGACCGAACACACGCCUGAGCUCGGAAACGGCUCGUUCGCAAUCCCGCCAACACGUGAAUUUAAAAGCCUGGCGGCGAGUCUCGCGCUCCGGACACAGUCAGGUAGGAGGCGAGGAAGACGCGUUCGGUCUCCGUAUGGCCAUGUCGGGGAAUCGCUGCAUUUUAAAGUGCGACGGCUCGUCCCCUCUGUAUUUACUUCCGAUGGACGACGAGUCGAAGAGUCGUUGGUUAAGAUUCGUGUUCAACACCGUGCCCCAACAAUACAGCGCCGGCCUGUGCCUGUGCUCCCGUCACUUCGCGGAGGACUGCUUCCUGAGCCGGCCAAAGGCCGCCGCUGGCUCCUCUAAACGUUUCCUGAAGUAUGGAUCAAUUCCCACUUUGUGUGGCCCAACUCAACCCAUUUCACCAAUGCUACCUGCAACAGUCCUGUUCCACGAUGCGGGAAACCAAUCGCAGUGUUAUAUAUUGCAGCAAAUAACGGUGGCAGAGAAUGUUGCUGUUCCUUCUGUUGCUGUUAACAGCACCCAUAGUGUUCCAGCUAUAAAACACGUAGCCUGUCAGACCGACCCCCCAGAGAGAAAAUCAGCCGGCACACAACUAUCUCUGAGAACUCUGCAAAAUCGCAUCAGAAGUAGAGCUACCCAGACAACAGUGGCCAGCAAAGACUGUGGUGUUUGCACCCUCACCUUUCCCCUGGACAGUCCCAUGUUGUUCCUACAACCAACAAUCGUAAGGAGACCGUCAAAGAGACCCCGACUCAGCCUUACAGACGAGGAGGACGGCCCGUCUGAAUGCAGCUCGUCAAUUGUGGUUCAUGAACCAAAGGAUUCGACAUGACUCUGAGGACACUUUCGUGGGUUAGAAGUCAUGACUUUUCACUUUUUUCUAUCUCCCAGAAACCUUUCCAUGGAGAAGGGUUCGUGAAUAGAACAAUUAAGAAAACAAACUUGAAUUGUGGUGAAAAGCACCAUGAAACAGUCACCCCUGUUACAGAGAUCCUGCUUUUCAAUAAGGAUGAUACAUUUCCGUCUUGAAUAGACUGGAUUAGUACCCAGAUUUAGAGGGUACCUGUGCACCAGAGUGUUGUUUUAUUUUUAUGUUAUCUUGUGAAAUGGGCUUAACAGUAACUGAACUGAUACUGUUUUCCUAAUGGUCUUUUAUGUUGGAUUCCCUUUACUCCUCUGUCUGAUAUACAAAGGAAGUAAAUGUCUUUAUAUUCCUAAAAUCACCACAAUGAAGACAAUAUGCCAAAAAAAUACAUUUCAUUCAAAGUUGCUCCGCUGGAACUGUUUGUAAUAGAUUGUAAUUGAGCGCUGUCUUCGUUCAAUGUUCUAAAAAGUUUGUGGUCUUCCAGGCUGAAGGUCCAACAGCUAUAUGUUUUCAGUUCUUUUUUGAAAAACUUUUUUGAAAAACUUUCAUACUUAAACUUGACAAGAGGUGAAGAAGAUGGGUCAUUUAUUCUCUGCCAUAACCAUAAGAACACAGACAUUAUGGAGUUGAAUUGAGUCAAACUGCUAUGGCUCAGCAUAGUUUUUCCCUAUUACUGCUAAACAAAGAAUGGUUAUUCAAAAUAUACUGGAACUGGUGAAAUAUUUGACAUUUGACACAUGCACCGCUAAGGUUGAUACUGGUUAGUCGAUGUACAAUACAAUCAGUGGAAAAAAUAUUUUUUUACCAUAAGCGUUGGUUUCAGCUCUGCGAGUGCAUCAUCCGGUUUGUUCAUUUAGGGUGAAUGUGUCUUGGAAAUGAAAAUGUGUGUGGGAAACUGAAGGUGCUGUGCCAGAGUGCAACCGGUAAACGGUCAGCAGCUUUAUGUAAAGAUGUAAUCUGUUAUAUGGAUUUUGUUAUUAAACUAGCUAUGUACAGAGGGGGGUUUUCUGUCUUUUUAACAUGAAUCAUUUUGUUAUAUGUUUGGAGAUAUCAUUUUUAAAAUUGUCCCUCACAAACCAGACCCUGGUUGGCCAGGGCCAUCCAUCAUUAUAUCUGGCAGAUUUAUUUUCGUCAAGGCUAACCCACACACUCUUGUAACAAAGAAUUUGAUGUUCAGCAGUUAAGGCUACAUGACUAAUCAUAAAUCUAUUCAUUAAGUGUAGCUAUUUCCUUCCUUUCGGGAAGUGACAGCAACACAUCUGAAAUGUUCCCUGUUUUAAGAUACGCAGACUCCCAGACUGAUCCAGCAGAUCAGCACACAGCAGAAUAACGUUGGGAGUACAGGUUUGUAAUCAUAUGUCGCGCAGUGCUUAUGAAAAUUAGCUACAAUUUUCAAUUAUUUUAACAGCAAUAUUGUGUUGCUGCUCAUUUAAUGUAUAAUUUUAUGCUCAUUCAUACUUUCAAAUAAACAGUCACCACUGAUAGAA